AUGAAGAGGGAGAACAAGGAACCGGAAUCGGAGGAAACCGCCGGCCAGAAACACCAACCGCCGCAUAUAUCAGCCAUGCAACCGCUCACCAAGGAGGCCUACGGCGGCGGAAUGUAUGGCACGGACGAUGGGGAGCCAAAGCAGCCGGAAAAAAAGCCACCGGCCAGUGCAACACAAAGCGCAGAUGGGCCGGCUGAAGCCACUGUCGAGCCCAAGCACAAGCCACCGCCAUCCACCGGAGAUCGAGAUCUCGACAUAACUGGCCAAUCUUAUAUUCAGUGA